AAGAAGUCACAGGCUGCUGCGGGGAUGCAGCUUGAUACUAUUGAACGUUAGACAGUUUGAAAGUCUGUCUGACAGUCAGGAAGACGAAGGCUGUCUAUCUAGUUAUAUAGCGAAACUGGUUAUCUAGCUGACCGUAUUUGUAGCUUGGCAAGUCAUAUACCGUAUAAGUGAAGUACUAGAGGCAGUUCGAGGGAACACUAAUGGAGAAGCUGUGAUCCAACGGGACACACUCUUCCCACGCCACUUCGAUACAAAGUGAUUUUCGUAGCAGGUUAAGAGAGCAUUUUCUGCAGUGCGGCCCCAAUUCUUCGUGGCAAAUCAUAACGGCUUGCUAGCGCAUACGACUGUGAGCUGAGAUGGAAACUGGAGAGCAGGUUGGAGUGGAGGCUGUCCCCUACUGCUGUUCUGACUUCGAUGGUGGGGAGACCCCCGCCCGUGGCCUGGCCAUCCGCACCAAAAAGACCCGCAGCCUGAGCACCUCGUCUGCCACUGCUUGCGACUACAGGAGAAAUCAGUCUCUACAUGGACCUAGUCCUGUGACCACUUUUGGACCGAAAGCAUGUAUGCUGCAGAAUCCACACGCAGUCAUGCACAUUCAGGACCCAGCCAGUCAGAGACUGACGUGGAACAAGCCUCCCAAAAGUGUCCUUGUCAUCAAGAAGAUCCAGGAUGCCAGUCUACUGCAGCCUUUCAAAGAGCUAUGUGUGUUCCUCACAGAGCAGAAAAACAUGAUUGUUUACGUGGAGAGGAAGGUUCUGGCGGACCCAGCCAUCGCGGGCGAUGAGAGCUUUGGGGCCGUCAUCCAGAAGUUCUGUACCUUCAGAGAAGAUCUCGAUGACAUUUCCAAUCGAGUGGAUUUCAUCAUCUGUCUUGGUGGAGAUGGGACCUUACUUUACGCAUCGUCACUCUUCCAGGAGAGCGUUCCACCUGUUAUGGCCUUCCACCUGGGUUCUCUGGGCUUCCUCACACCUUUCAACUUUGACACCUACCAGUCUCAGGUCACCCAAAUCAUUGAGGGUAACACCGCCAUCAUCCUGCGCAGUCGCCUGCGGGUGAGAGUGUUGAAGGAGAGCCAAGAGAAGAAGGGCAUCAUCAUGACCAACGGUGACAGUGAGGGCAGCCGCAAAGCCAUGCAGUACCAGGUGCUGAAUGAGGUGGUGGUGGACCGAGGCCCGUCGUCCUACCUUUCCAACGUGGACCUCUUCCUAGACGGACACCUCAUCACCACGGUACAGGGAGACGGUGUGAUAGUGUCCACUCCCACGGGCAGCACGGCGUACGCGGUGGCGGCCGGAGCCUCCAUGAUCCACCCCAACGUGCCAGCCAUCAUGAUCACCCCCAUCUGCCCACACUCACUGUCCUUCAGACCCAUCGUGGUGCCUGCUGGGGUGGAACUCAAGAUCAUGCUGUCACGUGACGCCAGGAAUACGGCCUGGGUGUCGUUUGACGGGAGGAAGAGACAAGAGAUCUGCCAUGGAGACAGCAUUACCAUCACUACUUCCUGCUUCCCUGUUCCCUCCAUUUGUUUCCGGGACCCCGUGAACGACUGGUUUGAGAGCCUGAGCCAAUGUUUACACUGGAACGUGAGGAAGAAGCAGAACUACCUCAGCUCAGAGGAGGAAGAGUUCUGAGGCCAACAAACUCGCUUCCCGGUGACGCCAUGUUGACGUUUUGGGUGCGUUCCAGAUGCACAGAUUCUGCACAAUUCUUCACGGAUGAAAUCCGAUCUUUACAAUACCUGGACAAGUGUUUAACAUACUAGGAUACCACAUCAACAUGAUAUAGAUAUCCUAUGUCUGGAAUGCACCCAUUGACUUCAGUUGGAUUCCAUCAGGUAAAUUUGCAACUAACAUCCUCCGGUGAUGAUUUGCAUUAUUUUGUUUUGGUUCUAGAAUGGAUCAUCCCUUACUGUUAAGAAUUUCAUGCCCUUUGAAAAAGAUUGUCGAAUUGGCCAUUUUUAUGCCAACAACCAGAUAGUCUCACAGGUUAACUUAAACCUGGAUUGCUUUCAGUCAGACAUGAGACAAAGUAAUACUGAGCUAGGGAUCAAAACCAUGAUAUCAAUCCUCCUGAUAAUGAUUGUUGCAGUUGACCCAUGAGAUAUAAUGUGGUCUGUUUUAGCACUUUGUCCAUUGUUGUGUGGCAUGUACAGGCUAUCAGGGACAAACCUCUGCUCCUCUUAAACCAUGAACGCUGUUUUGUUUAGCUUGAGAGAUGUGAAUACUAAGGGGCUCCCAAGCUCCUCAACAUAUAAAACCAAUAUCAUGACUAUUGUCAGUGGGGACGUUCAUCAAGAUCCAAUGUUCUUGGGGAUAAUAUGGAUAAGGAGUUAAAUGUAUUUGUUUUUUAUAAAUCCCUAACAGAACAUUUUGUAUUAUUAUUACUUCAGGAAUAGCAGAAGAAUUGCGUCUACUCUGCAAUAAUGAAGUAAAUGUAUAGAUUGUGCCUUAAACUCAUAAAUAUUACAUAGAUCAUAAUUGCUUAUUAAGGUUUACAUAACUUUAAUUUUCUUAAUCGUAUUUACAUCUUAGUGCAGGUGUAGCAUAACCAUAUCUUCAGUAUUCCUCUCUGCAGUUUUUCUGCAGUACAAGCCAUUUGAGAAGCUUGAAUACAUGUUCAUCUUACGUUAACUACUCUUUGUCUACAACAACGUUGUAGUGUCUGACCAUGUAAAAUGUCAGAACAGUAUGGAACAAACAUUAAGAACUAAAGUCCAUUCCAGGUGAGAUGAGACCACAACGUGAUGUCUUCAAAUCCUUUCACUGUAAAGCCAUAGAUCUACUAUGUAAUUCAUUUCAGAGUCGAGGUAAUUCCAUUGUUCACAAUAAAAGCAAUUGUGAUUCUACAGGGUUUUACCACCCAAGGCAGGGGUAGGGAAACCCUGGUCCCGGAGUGCCGUGAGUACUUCAGGUUUUUUAGUUUUUGUAUUUAUUAUUUUUGCUUUAGACUUGGGAGGACAGGUACAGUGCCUUGCAAAAGUAUUCAUCCCCCUUGGCAUUUUUCCUAUUUUGUUGCAUUACGAACCUGUAA